AUGUCAAUGGAUACCGCCAUCCCUAACCCUGCCCCCUCGCCCAGUUCGAAUGGUCUAUCGCCCCUUCCGUCGAAUUCUUGCUCCACAUCUAUGGCUACGUCUGCAUUGCCAGCGCGGAAGCGCUCAAUAGGGGAUGUUGAUAUGGAUGAGGCUGUGAUGGACAACAAUACACAUACAACUACUGAUGUUGAAGUGAAGAUGGAUGGGGCUGCGGAUGCGAUGUCAUAUCCUAACGAUAAGGGUUCGUUGGAGGAUAAUAAAGAGAAUCAGGAUACACGGACGAAAUCAUGUGGAUCUGUCGACGAGAAAUCUUCCGGCGGAUCUCUAUCUGCAUCCGCGUCGGGUGCAGAUUUGACCCCCAGUGCUUCUCAUCCUAUUGCGGCGCCUGCGGGUACGAGUGCUGCUGCGAUGGCCUCUCCGGCUGCUAAGAAGAGGAAGUUGUCGCCUGCGAGCAAAGAGGCUAAGCAGCAGGAAAAGGAGGCGAAGGAGCGCCAGAAAUUAGAGGAGAAAGCUAAGAAGGAGGAGGAGAAAGCCAAGAAAGAAGAGGAGAAGGCUAAAAAAGAGGAAGAGAAGAGGAAACGGGAGGCUGAGAAAGAGGAGGAGAAGCGGGCCAAGGAAGAGGAGAAGAAGAAGCGCGAAGCGGAGAAAGAGGAGGAGCGGAAGAAGAAGGAAGAGAAACGAAAGGCGAAGGAAGAGGAGAAGGCUGCUAAGGAAGAGGAGAAACGCAAGAAAGAUGAGGAGAAGUCGAAGAAAGAAAGGGCACAAAUGAAGUUGAACUCUUUCUUCGCGAAACCGAAAACCCCGGCACAACCAUCAAUCUCGAAUACUACCCCUUCCCCUAGCAAACCGAAAUCGACCGGCGCUGGCGCUUCGAAUUACCCACCCCCUGAAUCUGGAUCGGCCGCAUCUGACUACCAACGAGAGUUCCCUGACUUCUUUCUCCAAUCACAUACUACAGUGGCGCCGUCGCAUAGGUUCCAGCGCAACCAUGAUGCACUACACCAUAUGCGGGAGAAAGUCGAUGCCUGUCUGAAAAGUGCCAAUGAAGGCCUGCAAGCACCUCUAAUAUUCCGCCCAUCCGAAAUCUUCCAGAUCAUGCCCUACAAGCGACGGUGUGGGAAGUUACCUGCUUCGGUAAAAGAGAUUCUCUUGCAGAUGCAGAGCCUAGCGGAUCACCCGGAGAUGUCUGAUGGUGCCCAGGAGCCUCGCGAUCUUCUUAAGCAGGUGAAAAUGAAAUCGCUGAGGUUCAAUGAAGACGUGCGCCCUCCAUAUCAGGGAACAUAUAGCAGAAGCCUCCCUGAGUCAUCCGCUCGUCGCAUGAUGCGCAACCCUUUCCGCCGUGAACUACCUGAUACGGACUACGAUUACGAUUCUGAAGCCGAAUGGGAAGAGCCUGAGGAAGGCGAGGACUUGGAUUCGGAAGAAGAGGAAGAAGGGAGCGAGGAUGGAGAAGAUGACAUGGAUGGCUUUCUGGAUGACGAGGAUGACCACCCGAUUGAUGGGAAGCGCCGCCUCAUUGUCGGGGACCUAGAACCUGUCAAUACCGGCAUACGAUGGCAGGAGCAUGGCGUGGACCCCGAGCUGCAGGUGUACAGAAUGGAGACCAUUUCCGACUCGGUGACUUUCCCUAUUGACCCGUUCUCCACUGCGUACUGGCAGAAACCAAGGGCCGCGGAGCCAGCGCCGGCGGCUGGUUUGGGACGGUCGACUCUCCACGCCUUCAUGGGCCAUCCGUCCUCCCACAAAGCGUCCGGGAGUGUGCCGGCGCCAGACGGGGGCACAGUGGCGGUCCUAACAACUGGAAGGACCAAGCGGACGUUGCCGCCGGAGCAGCUGGCAGAGUUCAAGCAGGUGGUGAAUGGUAGUGAUCUGACCAAGAUGGGGUUGAUUGAAAUCUUGAAGAAACGGUAA